AUGUCUUCCAUAUGGGAGGUGGGCUCCUCCACGCAGACAGUCGAAGACGCAGACUUGUCGCUCAUCCAAAACGUGACGCGCGCGCUGGCCUCCAUGCACGAGCGAGUCAAACAGCAGCACGCGGAGUUGACGCGAUGGCACCAGCAAGCCUACGAGCUGGUGCGCACGAUGGUUGUACAGGGGAACUGGCUUAAGGAGGACAACCCUCAAGGGCGCGAUGAGCUGGCGAGGGUGGCGACGUUCCUAUUCUGUGGUCGCACAAAGGAGGAUGAGGGACGGUCGAUUAUGCAGUAA